AUGAAGACCAAUCUUCAAUCGGUUGCCGGUCCGCUCAGGUUCUACGAUGAAGGGGACAUCAACAACACACUCCACUCUUCCGUGCGUGGACGCUUGCCCACAAACACUAUCGCCGGCUUUUACCAACCGGAACAUGCGCUUGCAGCCUUGAAGCAUCUCAGCGGCAACGUAGAAUUAGACGCGCAUUUGAUGUAUACUGUGUACUUCACUGCACCAAAAGAGCUCUCCGACCCUGUCAUGGCCAAUGCGGAAGACAUGAUCUCGCAAGUUGCAGAAGUGGACGCAGUCUGGAAGAAGCCUCGAGAGGGUAUGGUCACAUUGCGCUUAUCGGGAACGAAUCAAGAAAAGGUUGUCGACAUGAAGAGGACACUGGAGGCCCUGCUUUCAGGAAGAAUAGCGACCACGGGACUAGAUGGUCAUGCUGAGCGAUACGAGAUCUGGCACGACUUCUUCGCAACACUAUCUGGAGCUGGGUAG